AUGGCUUCGUGGCUGUUGCUCCCUCUCCCCUCCUUCCCGUGGCCUCCCCCGCCCCCGCCCGGCUCCUCCUCCGGCCGCGGCGGCGGUGGCGGUGGCGGCGGAGACGGCGGCGAUUGGAGGCCGAACGUCGUCGCGGCUUUCGCCGGCGCGCAACUCGGCCGCUCCCUCCGCCGCCGCUUCGCCGGCCUCCUCCGCUCACCGGAGGUGCGACAUCUUGAUGCCUUGGCGAAAAUGGGUGACUUCUGGUUCGAAGGAUCAGAACCGUUUGCAACAUUCCCAAUUCUUGGCGCGAUAGGGAACGUGCUCUCUGCACCUUAUGUUUGCAGCUCUGCUCUGUUCAGUGGGAACGGGUCAGGGGGUAGAUACAUCAGUAAAGGAAAGUUGUUGUCCAGACGGCCUCGUGGAAUCGAUUCGAAGAAGAGGCUCUGGACCAAUGUCCUUCUUGCUCUUAAUGUCCUGGCUUAUGUCGCUCAGGUAGCAUCACAAGGAAAGCUUCUUUUGUGGGGAGCCAAGAUCAACAGUCUGAUUGAUAGAGGGCAAUUUUGGCGUUUGGCAACAUCAUCUCUACUUCAUGCAGAUCUCACCCACCUUGCAUUCAAUUGUUUCUCUUUGAACUCUAUUGGGCCCAUGGUUGAAAUGUUAACUGGUCCUAGAAGAUUUCUAGCUGUUUAUUUCAGUUCGGCGCUGGCAGGUUCACUGAUGAGCUAUCGCUUUAGUGCGUCACCUGCUGUUGGUGCGUCAGGUGCCAUUUUUGGAUUGGUUGGCGCCCAUGCAGUUUAUAUGUGGAGACAUAGAAGAUUCUUUGGGAAUUCUAGGGAGAGUUUAGAACAUAUUGGGCGUGUGGUUGUCCUGAAUAUGGGUAUGGGCCUCCUCUCAAGGGGAAUCGAUAACUGGGGCCAUCUGGGAGGCUUGCUUGGCGGAGUUGUCAUGGCAUGGUUCCUAGGUCCGGCAUGGCAAUAUCAGUAUGUGGCAAAGGAUGGUAGAGCGGUUUUCAAAGACAGGGCUCCAGUCCUCCGACUAAUAAAGGGGUAG